ACCCGCGCACACAUAACAGCAUUCCCCUCCAGCCUCUCCACUAUUCAUCAUGCAGUCUUCCCUUUCCUAAAAAUCACAAACAGAGAGAGAAGAAGAAGAGCAACAACAAGAGAAAAUGACGGAGGCAGUGAUAAGGAACAAGCCAGGAAUGGCUAGCGUGAAGGAUAUGCCGAUCCUUCAAGACGGCCCUCCUCCUGGUGGCUUCGCUCCUGUCCGAUUCGCUCGUAGGAUCCCUAACAAGGGUCCUAGUGCUAUGGCCAUCUUUCUCGCUGCUUUUGGCGCCUUUUCUUAUGGAAUGUACCAAGUCGGCCAGGGCAACAAGGUCCGCAGAGCACUUAAGGAAGAGAAGUAUGCUGCACGCAGGGCAAUCCUGCCUCUGCUUCAAGCUGAAGAAGAUGAAAGAUUUGUCAAGGAGUGGAAUAAGUAUCUUGAAUACGAGGCAGAAGUAAUGAAGGAUGUUCCUGGUUGGAAAGUUGGUCAAAGUGUCUAUAAUUCUGGAAAAUGGAUGCCCCCAGCAACUGGUGAGCUUCGUCCAGAGGUCUGGUGACACCGCUCUGUAUCUUGUUAUGGUGCAUGUCUAGCUGUCAAGUGUCUUCUUGUAUUUUCUUCAUCUAAGUGUCCUCUGUCACUUGGUGUUCAUGGAAUAAAAAUUUAGCUUUCAAUCUCCUGAGAGAUGCACUGCAAAUACUGCCUACAGUAAUUUUGUUUUCUUUCCUUUUCAUUGUAUCCUAAUUACCUGAAAAUUGGGAAUAUAAAGAUUGAAGACCUUUAGCGCUGUUUUCCCAUUCAAUUUUAUGGUAAAUUCCAAUCUAUUGUUAA